AUGAGACGCCUUAAGAUAGGGAUCAAGCCGCAGCUUAUCAUCUUGGUGUGCUUUUCGUCGUUGUUCUCGCUCCUUAUCCUUGCGAUAGUGACUGGGAUAUACUUUUCACUAAAUCUCUCAUCGUUACGAGCAGAUCGACUAGCAGUGAUAUCUCAGCUAAAGGCAUCCCAAGUCAAGCAGUCAUUCAAUAAUAUACUCUACCAGGUGUAUUUCGUGUCCACUAAGGAUUCUCUUUACUCCCCAUUGGUAUCGUACAAGGCAGGGAACAGCUCUACUACCAUGUUUGCUGAGUCACAGGAGACCUUGGAUCAGUUCUUGCAAUCGCUGGAAACGUUUGCAGCGGCCAGAUUGUAUAACUUGAACAUGGAAAUUAUGGCUGACAGCUAUAGCAAUGUCACAAAUAUCUCUGUGUCGAUUAUGGACUACUUGUAUCCAUUAUCCGUUAAUGCAAGCAUACCACAGUCUUUGUUCGCUACUUCCACAGACUCAGAAAUAGAUGUGCCGACGUAUUUCACGGGGCCCACAGCAAACUCAAGUGACCCCGAUAGUCCAUAUUUCAUGGGACUCACCAUCCCGGUGUAUGCCAACACGUCUAUUUUACUCAACGAUCCACAGGUAGCUGGCUAUCUCUCGGUUAUAUCCAGUGCCAACAGUAUCCAACAAUCUAUUAAUGACUCCAGCACAUCCACCUCAUCCUCAAUAGACUACAGUGUACUUGUAGUGAAACCUCAAUACGGCCUGGCGAAUAAUAAUUCUAAGCUGAACAUUAUUGGUUUUGAGACUGUUUUCCCUGCUACCGAUGAUACAUUGAUUCCAGGGACAGUGUACGAUUUGCAAUCAUCUCCCAUGAUAGACAUGGCGAUUUCUGAUUCUUCUAACGGGUAUGCUGAAAAGAUCAGGUCCUUCACCUCACAAUAUGCCAUGGGUUUCACGCAGGUCACACUUACUGACACGGUGUAUUGGUCAGUAAUAAUUCAGCAAUCUAGAAGUGUAUUCACUGCGCCUGUCAAAAAACUCAGAAAUAUUAUCAUCGGAGUGGUAAUAGGUAUUGGAGUUUUCAUGUGUUUGAUCACAUUCCCAUUGGCAGUAUGGUUCGUUAGGCCAAUUACAAAAUUGAAGGAGGCCACGGAAGCUAUCACCUUGUCAAAGAAGAGAGGUCUUGCUGCUGCUGCGGCAGCUGCUGCUGCUGCCGCUGGUGGGACUGGUAGCUAUUCUGGGCCAAGUGGACCAGGUAGCCAUGGGAGAUCGCCACCACCAUAUGGAACCUCGUCUUCGGUUCAUACGAAUCACACAAGGGUUUCCAAAAGGAAUAGCGUGCAUUCUGCAGGUUCAAACUCGCUCUAUUCCUACGGAAUCUUUCUUCCAGGUAAAAUUCCUCCCACAAAGAAAUUUUUCAAGGAUGAGUUUUCGGAACUAUCAGAUGCUUUCAAUAUUAUGACUGAAGAAUUGGAUAAACAAUACACUCACUUAGAAGACAGAGUGAAAGUUAGGACGAAAGAAUUGGAAAUACUGAAAAUUGAAGCAGAGCUGGCCAACGAAGCUAAGACUGUUUUUAUUGCAAAUAUUUCGCAUGAAUUAAGAACCCCACUAAACGGUAUUUUGGGUAUGACAUCAAUUGCUAUGGAUGAAAAAGAUGCCUCAAGAAUCCAAGAUUCCUUAAAAUUAAUUCACAGAUCGGGUGAAUUACUUUUGCAUAUCUUAACUGAAUUAUUGACAUAUUCAAAGAACACAUUGAACAGAAGUAAAUUGGAGAAACUGAACUUCCAAGUACUGGAAAUUGUUUAUCAAGUACAAUCAAUUUUUCAAAAAUUGGCUAUCGAUCAAAGAGUAAAUUUAAGAAUUUCAUUGAUGCCUAAUAUCAUAAGAAAACUAAUUAUCUACGGGGAUUGUAAUAGAAUCAUCCAAAUUGUUAUGAAUUUAGUUAGCAAUAGUUUAAAAUUUACUCCCGUUGAUGGAUCAGUGGGUGUUACAUUCAAACUUUUGGGUGAAUAUGAUUAUCUUAGGCUGAAGCAAGAUGAAUUCAAAAAUGUUUACGUUCAAGAGACUGAAAGACAGCGUGGGGAAAGAGCCAACAAAGAAGAUACCGCUGAAGUAAGUACAAUAAGUAGUGGUGAGUAUGAUGAAGUACUUAAUUCCGCUUUUUAUAACGAAACCAAGGCAUUACCAGAGCUACCCAAGAUUGUCGAAGUGGAAGGUGAAGGUAUUGAUCCAUUGUACAAUGGUGAACAUCCAAUUAAGGAAGAUUUUGGAGCGGGAUUUGCAGCCGAUUCUGUCAGACUCGGUCCUCAGAUAAUUAAGAAGCAGUCACCACAACUUGAAAGCAUUCAACUUCAAGAUCUAAAAAGUAGCCAUUUCAAUCGUACAAGUUCAUAUUCUACCAGAACCACUGAUUUAGAGAUAAUCAAAAACAAUAAGCAUUUUCAAAUUAAGCGUCUCUCGAAGACGAAAUCGUGGGUCAUUCAAAUCCAGGUCACUGAUACUGGGCCAGGUAUCGAGCCAGCCUUACAAGAGAAAGUCUUCGAACCAUUUAUGCAGGGUGAUCAAACAUUAUCGAGAAGUUAUGGUGGUACUGGACUUGGUUUGUCUAUUUGUAGGCAAUUAGCAAAGAUGAUGAAGGGAACUUUAACAUUGAAGUCCGAGAUUGGUGUUGGUUCAACUUUUACAUUCACCGUCCCCUUGCCUCAAACACAUGAAAUAUUAGUACCGAAAGAUGAUAUGAAAGAAUUUUGUGAGGAUGAGUUUAACCCCGAUAGUAAAAUGAACAGAAAAGUUGCAUUUGACGAAAACAUCAUGGUAAGUGAUGAGGGCAAUACUCUGUCAGAAGCAGGAUCACAAAUUUACAAUGAAAAGGAAGUUUCUGAAAAAGGAAAGCCUGAAAUCGUCGCCGAUGGUAAUAAAUCUUCGUCAUCAUCUACAGUGCAUUCCACUGGUGCAGUUGAUCAAAAAUUGGAGGUUCCACAAUUUCAAAAACCUCAUUUAAUAACCAGAGGCUCCACGGGAACUGCAAACUCAGCUAAAUUCAGUGAUAUAUCAAAUUCGAGUCAUGAGCAUAUAUCGGAUAGAAUUUCUGACUUGAAUGUUCUUGUUGCAGAAGAUAAUAUGGUUAACCAAGAAGUGAUAAAAAGAAUGCUUAAACUUGAAGGUAUUCUGAAUAUUAGUAUGGCUUGUAAUGGUGCAGAAGCGAUCGAACUACUUGAAGAAAGUAUCUCGAACGGUACACCAUUCGACAUGGUCUUUAUGGACAUUCAAAUGCCAAAGGUGGAUGGAUUACUUGCCACUAGAAGAAUAAGACAAAAUUUGAACUACACAAAUCCGAUCAUUGCAUUAACAGCAUUUGCCGAUGAAAGUAAUGUUAAAGAAUGCUUAAAUUGUGGUAUGACUGGAUUUUUAUCUAAACCUAUAAAGAGAGCUAAUUUGAGAAAGGUUAUCGUUGAGUUUUCCAGUGACAUAGUCACUAAUGGAUUUGAAGUUAAUGGGGUCUUACAUGUGCUGCAACAGCAAAAUUCUAAUACGCAACAGUCACCACCUCCACCUCCCAGGAAAUCAGACAAUAAUUCGCCUUCACCUAACUCAUUGCAUCAGCUGCCACCAUCUCCACCUGUUAAAAACUAUUUCCACCCAUAUGCCAAUCAAUACUCACUCAACCUGUAUUCAAAUAUAAAUACAAAUGGCCAAGGGCCCCCAGGUACUCAUUCAAAUUCUCGCCCUUCAACACCACCCCCAAAAAACUCAAACAAUAAAGGUAAAUAUUUGCCUCAUUCACCCCUUUCCAAGCAACAAGACGAUAGACCACUUUAA